UCUCCAGCGCACACUCACGCGUGCCCUCACAUACGGAGCAACACUUGCCUUGAUACCCGCUCAGCCUUCAGCCGGUGUGCGUGGGAGUGCAAUCAUCUCUACACCAAAACAUUGCACUCCAGCAUCAAGAAAAGCCACUCUCACCCCUCGGGACUGAAACAAGCUCCUGUGAGUGUUGCCUCAUCCUGUGUGAGGCUGCCGACCGGGAGCACACGGGAGAAAAAGGAGAGCUCCGACUCCCAGCCCAGACCCCGACUCCGUCCCGAAACCAAAAAGCAGCAGAUGUGACAGAGAAGGAGAGGCGGAGAGAAAGAAACACAAUCCCCCCCACCCCUCCUUCCCUCAUCUGGGAGAACAAUAACCAGCUUUCAGUUGGAGAGGGUCAGCUUUUGUCCCUCUCCCCACGCUCCCGUUGAAGAGCGAGGAGCAGACAGACGAGCUGACACAUUGACCCGCUGCUUUGAGAGGAGGGGAUCGCGCAAAGCAGUCACUGCGCUUGGAAAGAUUUCAUUCAGUACUUGGACAGCUCCUGAGCAACCAGCCGGCCGAGUGUUUCCAUGAGUGAGUAGACAAUAUUGUUUUUGGUUCGGAGACUAAGGCACCACAGAUGGAGCCCCCGUGUUCGCUCCAACUCGGCCCCUGUGGCCCCUCUCCAUCCCUUGGAUCGCAGAGCAGCACUGCCGGCUUCGAGCAGCUGGAGGAAAAGCAGCUCUUUGAGAAGUUUUGGAGGGGGACUUUCAAGGCUGUGGCCACCCCGAGAGCGGAGAGCGUCAUUGUGGCCAGCAUCACCGCACACAGGAGGGUGACCAACUUGGAGACAGCCGCCUGCCAGCCGCUCAAGACUGAUGAGAGAAAAGCUGUGGAUACCAGGGUGGACAGCGCGGACAGCGCGGACAGAAAUGGCUGCAUCAAAGGGAAAGGACGCAAACACCACAGUCAUCGCAGGGCCCGGAGGUGA